AUGCUAUCCAAAUUCUCUCUUCUCCUUAUCCUUCUUCUUCUUCUUCUUCUUCUUCUUCCCUUUCAACUAACACUCGCCCAACCGUCCAAUCCCACUUACAUAACUCACGUCUGCCCCACCGCCACAGCUUUCACUCCAAACUCUACCUUCGCCACCAACCUCAACGCCCUCCUCUCCCUCUUUUCCACCGCCGCCACCGCCGAAUCCACCGCCGGAAACGACUCCUCCUCCGCCACCUACGGGCUCUACCUCUGCCGCGGCGACAUCACCCCGAAGGAGUGCCAAAACUGCAUCGACUUCGCCACCACCGACACCCUCAACCACUGCCCGAACCAAAAAACCGCCAUCGUAUGGUACGACCGGUGCCUGGUCCGUUACUCGAACCGGUCGGCCUUCUCGGUCCAGCCGGACACGUUCAUGCUCUACAACACCCGCAACGUGUCCGAACCCGACCGGUUCAACGAGCUGCUCGGUCGGGUGAUGAACGAGAUCGUGGCCGAGGCGGCUAAUGGAGAGGCCAAGAAGUUCGCCACGAAGGGCGUCGAGUUGUCGGCUUUUCAGUCGCUUUACACGCUGGCUCAGUGUACGGAUGACUUGUCCGAGGAGAAUUGCGAUCGGUGCUUGAGGACUUGUUUGAGCUUGCUCCCGAGUUGUUGUGGCGGGAAGCAGGGCGGGAGGGUUCUGCUUCCCAGCUGUAACAUUAGGUACGAGGUGUACCCUUUCUAUGAGGGAGCUGCUGUCGCGACAGCAGCUCCGCCAUAUGGGGAGCUGGCGAGUUCGCCAUCUCCGUCUCCGGUGGAAACAACCAUGCAUGCAGGCGGCGGCCGGAUCUCAUCGGGAGUAAUAGCCGCCAUCGUGGCUCCGAUCGCUGUUUUCGCUUGGAUUUUGGGCCUAGGUUGCUGCUUCCUCAGCAGUCGGAGAAGAAGAGCAACCAGAAAGCUCCUAUUGUUGCACAAUAGUAGAAUUGGUCCAGAAGAAAACGAGAUCCCAAAUGCAGAGUCUCUACAAUUUGACCUGGCAACCAUAGAAGCCGCCACUGAAAACUUUGUCGAAGGCAACAAACUUGGACAAGGUGGAUUCGGCGUGGUGUAUAGGGGCACACUCACGACCGGAGAAGAGAUAGCAGUGAAGCGACUGUCGAAAAGUUCAGGACAAGGGGAGGAAGAAUUCAAGAACGAGGUGUUGUUGGUCGCCAAGCUUCAACACAGGAACCUAGUCAAGCUCUUAGGGUUUUGCUUAGAAGGGGACGAGAGAAUACUCGUCUACGAAUUCGUCCCCAACAAGAGCCUUGACCAUUUUCUCUAUGCUGAUGAAAUGAAAAUGUUGCUGGAUUGGGCAUCCCGUUACCAUAUAAUAGCCGGAAUCGCUCGAGGGAUUCUCUAUCUCCACGAGGACUCUCGACUUAAGAUCAUACAUCGCGACCUCAAGGCUAGUAAUAUCUUGUUGGACAAGGACAUGAAGCCUAAGAUUUCUGAUUUUGGGAUGGCAAGGAUCUUCGGUGUUGACCAGACUCAGGCAAACACCAACAGAAUCGUCGGCACUUAUGGCUAUAUGUCUCCCGAGUAUGCAAUGUACGGACAGUUCUCGGCAAAAUCCGACGUGUACAGCUUUGGCGUCUUGCUCUUGGAGAUCAUAACUGGAUUGAGGAACUCCACCUUCACCAAAAAGGAUGGAGCCCAAGACCUCCUUGGCUACGUGUGGAGGAAUUGGAGGGACGGGACGCCAUUGGAGGUGCUGGAUGCCACGCUGCUGGAUUCGUGUUCCACCAACGAGGUCAUGAGAUGCAUUUACAUCGGCCUGCUUUGCGUCCAGGAGAAUCCGGCCGAUAGGCCAACAAUGGCGGCGGUGGUUCUGAUGCUCAGCGGCUACUCCGUUAGCCACCUAUUGCCUAAACAACCCGCGUUUUUCUCCCCGACGAGGGCUACCGGCGGCGGCGGGAGAAGAACCGAGCUGAUGGUGUUGGCGGAUCAGAGUGAUCAUUCGGGAAGCAAGUCGGUCUUGUGGUCGAUUGAUGAGGCUUCCAUUACUGACAUAUACCCGAGGUGA